AUGAUCUUCGACGAGUGUUUAAAACUUAUCUCUAGUAUCGAGAAAGCACUAAUCCUGCUUUUAUCAUCGUCAAGAAGUGUGCAACUCGCUAAGAAAGCAAGCGGACUUCAGAAGAAACGCAAGAACAUUAACGAUCGAGUGAAGUGGAUUGACGUCGACAAAGCAUUCGAUAGCCGAGUAAAAACAUCCAUUGUCGUCAACCUGGUUCACAAGGAUGUUCUUACCUUCUUAGAUGACGCCAAGCAUUCUUUGUUCUACAUGUGGGCCGAACCUUGCUAUAGACCGAACCUUGUGUCCAGUUACCAGCAGUACAAGGAUGAAUUAAACUUUUCUGGAAUAAAAUUGCCAGUUAGAUUAAAGGAUGUUGCAAAUUUUGAAAAGAAAAACAAUAUCUCAGUCAACGUGCACGGUUUAAUAAAGAAGGGACAGAGGUUUUCGUUAGUUCGUCUCCAUCUUACUUCAGAGGUGAAGGAUACUCAUGUGCAUCUCCUCCGAGUUGAAAAGGAAUACGUGAACGAAGACAGCAGCGAUGAAGAAGGUAACAAUGGACCGGAAAGCAGAACCCAAUCUUACAACGUCCACUAUUUGAGGAUAAAAGAUCUUUCGCGGCUUGUUAGCCGUCAACUAUCCUACAAUGAUUCACUAACAUUCUACAAGUCCUGUCCUGACGGUGUGGAACCAGCAAAGUGGUUUUCUCUAGAGUUGCUGCUAAUUGCAAAUAGCUGUGAGAUAAUACUGGCAUCUCCAGUUCUAAUGCAGAAACUAACAUCGGAGCAAAAGGAAGCUUUCGUUGAAGCCACUAUUUGCCACAUUUGUCAGAAGGCUCUACAUCUACCCAUGAAGAAGGUCAGCGAUCACUGUCACCUCACUGAAAAAUAUCUUGGUCCCGCGUAUCAACACUGUAAUCUAGCUUAUCAAGACUCCAACACCAUACCAUUGGUAAAAGUUUUGGCAUUAAAUAAAGAAAAAUAUAUCUCUUUAACAAAAUAUGUACAGGGUACACAGAUAAAAUUCCGAUUCAUUGACUCAUUCAGAUUCAUGGCAUCGUCCUUAGAAAAGUUAGCAUCGUAUCUCACUGAAUAUAAAAUUAUAAGUGAAAUUUUUUCUGGAAUUGAGAGUGAAAAAGUUGAACGUCUAACGAGGAAAGGUGUUUUCCCCUAUGAAUACCUAGAUUCGAGGGCGAGACUAAGAGAAAAUCAACUUUCACCAAAAGAAAAGUUUUAUAGUACCCUUAAUGACACAUCAAUAUCUGACGAGGAUUAUAAACAUGCAAAAAAGGUAUGGUGUGCAUUAAGUGUUAAGACUAUUGGCGAAUACGUGAGACUAUACAUGAAAACUGAUGUGUUUGAAAACUUCAGAGAACAGUGUCUCGUGUUCUACGGUCUUGAUCCAGCAAAUUACUAUACGGCACCUGGCUACACAUGGGACACCAUACUGAAAUAUACAGGGGUAAGAUUGGAACUCCUCCCUGACGUUGAUAUGCUAUUAAUUGUUGAGAAUAGUAAGAAGGGUGGAGUGAGCCAAUGCGCCAACCGAUACGCCAUUGCUAUCAACAAAUACACAAUAGUUUUCAAUGAAAGUAGGGAGGUCAUCAAUAUUGUAUAUUUUGAUGCAAACGACCUUUAUGGUUGGGCAAUGGGACAUCCCCUUCCUUAUGGUAGUUUCGAGUGGGUAACAAAUUUGGAAAAUUUUGAUUUUAAUGUUCCAGAUGAUUCACCCAUUGGUUACAUUCUAGAAGUUGAUUUGUGCUACCCACCGGAGCUUCAUAAGGAGCAUAGUGAUUUACCGUUCUGUCCAGAACCCUCAGAACCGCCAGGUUUCAGCCAGGAGAAGCUUCUAACUACUCUCCUACUGAAACAGAAGUAUGUUAUUUAUUACCGAGCUCUCAAACAUGCUGUUGCGAAUAGUCUUGUAUUAAUCAAAAUCCACAGAGUACUUAAAUUUAAUCAGUCGACAUGGCUAAAAAGUUACAUAGAUUUCAAGACGGAAAAGAGAGCACUAGCUCAAAUUUACAAAAUGUACAAAUUGAUGAAUAAUGCAGUGUAUGGUAAGACAAUGGAAAACGUACGAAAGCAUGUGAACCUCAAAGUUAGCUCAACGUUGAUCCAAUAUUCACUCGUCGUUGAUACAACAGAGUUGAUUCAACAUUGCAAUGAGUUGAUUUAA